AUGACGUUGCUCUGUGUCUGUAUGUUUACCAAUCUCUUUGGGAUGGUGGUGGAGUUAAACACAGAUAUCCUUUUGCUGAUUGCCUUUUGGAGACAAAGACUUGUGCUUUUAAUCAAUUCUAACCUAAGAAUUUCUAAACCCACCCAUAACCUAAAACUGCUCUCCUUCCCGGUAUCCCAACUUUUUGGAGAUUCCAGCUUUCGAUGUGGAUGGACUCCCCUUAUGUAUACUGCUAGCGUUGCCAAUGUAGAACUUGUUCGAGUCCUUUUGGACAAAGGUGCUAAUGCAAGCUUUGAUAAGGAUAAGCAAACUAUUUUGAUAACUGCGUGCUCUGCUCGUGGCUCAGAACAGAUUUUGAAGUGUGUAGAGCUACUACUUUCAAGAAAUGCUGACCCAAAUGUCCCUUGUAGGAGACUUAUGACUCCAAUCAUGUAUGCUGCACGAGAUGGCCACCCUCAGGUUGUGGCUCUCCUUGUUGCUCAUGGAGCGGAAAUUAACACCCAGGAUGAGAAUGGCUAUACUGCUUUAACAUGGGCAUCACGUCAAGGUCAUAAAAAUGUAGUUUUGAAGUUGCUGGAACUUGGAGCUAAUAAAAUGCUACAAACCAAAGAUGGAAAGACACCAAGUGAGAUUGCAAAAAGAAAUAAACAUCUUGAGAUCUUCAACUUGCUUUCUUUGACUUUAAAUCCAGUAGAAGGAAAGCUUCAACAGCUAACUAAAGAAGAGACUAUUUGUAAACUACUGACAACAGAUUCUGAUAAAGAUAAAGAUAACAUAUUUAGUUCAUACACAGCAUUUGGAGAUCUGGAAAUAUUUUUACAUGGUCUUGGACUUGAACAUAUGACAGAUGUAUUAAAGGAAAGGGAUAUAACUUUAAGACACCUGUUGACCAUGAGGAAAGAUGAGUUUAUAAAGAAUGGAAUUAGUAGUAAAGAUCAGCAGAAAAUUCUGGCUGCUCUUAAAGAACUAGAGGUAGAAGAGAUAAAAUUUGGAGAAUUACCUGAAGUGGCAAAGUUAGAAAUCAGUGGUGAUGAGUUCCUCAACUUUCUUUUAAUUAAACAGUGUGGCCACUUAAUAACAGCUGUACAGAAUAUCAUUGCUGAGUUACCUGUAAAUUCUCACAAGAUAGUACCAGAAUGGGCUGCUUCCCGAAAUUUUAAUUCAGUUUGUGAAGAACUCGUUAGUAAUGUUGAAGAUUUGAGUGAAGAGGUCUGCAAACUAAAGGACUUAAUUCAAAAGUUGCAAAGUGAACGGGAAGAUGAUCCAACUCAUAUACCUUUAAUGGAAGAAGUAUCUACAUGGAACAGUAGAAUUUUGAAGAGGACAGCUAUUUCAGUGUGUGGAUUUGGGUUUCUUCUUUUCAUUUGCAAGCUGACUUUUCAGAGAAAAUAA